AUGGUCCCUCAACCAAAGAAGAACUUGCGGUUAUUUUUCAUCCAUUAUCUCUCCGGUGCGAUCAAUUUCUCAACCAACACUCCCUCACCAUCUUCACAGUUUAUUGGAGUUUCAGCUUACAGUUCAAUCGCGCCAUUGCUUGAAGCUUGUAAUUCGAAUUCUAUCGAUUUGCAUGAGUUCUCAGAUCGAGGUUUAAUCUUUGGCUUUACUAGUGUAACUAACUACUCCUUUGGUAAGUCAAAACAAGUUAGGGUUUCUAAAUUCGAUACGGAAUUUUCUGAUGUUUUACAAUCGAAUAAUGUUGAAAGACCAUUGGAUUUGAAUGAUGAGAAUGUUGCUUCACGAAGCCCUAAAUUAUAUGGAGAGUUCAGGAAGGGGAAGAGGAGUAUAUGGAAGCGAUUGGAUGGCAUGAAAAAUGUAGCUAAAAAUUUGAAGGCGAUUCAUAUUUCCAGAACCGAAAGUGAAACAGAACGUGAAAUUGGUAAUGUAGAUGUGUUAUUCGAGAAUGAUAAUGCGUUUUAUGAGAAGCUAAGUUCCAAUGGAGUUGAAUCAAGUUCAGCCCAUUGCAACUCUAUCUUGGAGAAGCUUGAAAGAAGUGGUCGUGAUGAUGAAGCUUUAAGAUUCUUCAAAUGGAUGAGAAUCAAUGGAAAGCUGAAACACAACAUGAAUGCUUAUAAGUUAGCUUUAAGGGUAUUGGGUAGGAGACAAGAUUGGGAGGAAGCAGAAAGGUUGAUUCAAGAAAUGCAGACCAAGUCAGAGUUAUCUUGUGAACUCAGUUUCCAAAUCUUCAACACUCUCAUUUUCGCGUGUCAUAAACGUGGGCUUGUGACAGCUGGCAGAAACUGGUUCCAAAUGAUGUUAGAUAAAAACGUUCUCCCCAAUGUUGCCACUUUUGGCAUGAUGAUGAAUCUUUACCAAAAGGGUGCUCUUCUUGAUGAUGCAGAGUUUGCUUUCUCACAAAUGAGAAACUUCAAGAUUGUAUGUCAUAGUGCAUAUUCAUCCAUGAUUACUAUGUAUACACGUGUUGGAUUAUAUGAAAAAGCAGAAGAGAUUAUCGAGUUUUUGAAGGAAGAUAAAGUGGUUUUGAAUCAAGAAAACUGGAUAUGGAAAAAUCUCAAACAUGGAAUCUGCUCAAAGAAUCUUUCAUGA